CGGUCCUCCGGAGGGAUCCAGCGCAGCUUCAGCAGCCUUCACGCCGGACGGUGCGCCGCUCACCUGCGGUCUCUCUCUCCCCCAAACACGCGCACGCGCACGCGCACACUUUGUGGUGGUGAUUCAACGGGAGACAAUAAUCAUCAACACGUGGAUUUAUUUAUCGGUUGUUGGAGGAGCAUGAACCCCGCGUGCGCCCGCUGCGGGAAGAUCGUCUACCCGACGGAGAAAGUCAGCUGCCUGGACAAGAACUGGCAUAAAGGAUGUUUCCACUGCGAGGUUUGCAAGAUGACCCUGAACAUGAAGAACUACAAAGGCUACGACAAGAAGCCCUACUGCAAUGCACAUUACCCCAAGACGUCGUUCACCAUCGUGGCCGACACUCCAGAGAACCUGAGACUGAGACAGCAGAGUGAGCUACAGAGUCAGGUGAGGUACAAGAAGGACUUUGAGGAGAGUAAAGGUCGAGGCUUCAGCAUCGUGUCCGACACGCCGGAGAUGCAAAGACUCAGAAGGACUCAGGAGCAGAUCAGCAUUGCCAAGUACCACGAGGACUUCGAGCGGGCGCGCGGUCGGGGCUGCGCGCCCGGAUUGGACGAGCCCGGCAUGGAGCGCUACCAGAGGGCCAAUCAGAUGAUGGGGGAGGCGGGAUACGGCAAAGGGACCCACCCACAGGCGAUGGAGAUGGACAGACGGCCAGGAGGCAUCAUCGUGGACCUGAAGGCGUGGAGGACCGACCCGGGCUCCAUCUUUGACUUUGACCCUCUGGAGGACGACGUCCAGUCCAAGAGCCUCCGCAGGACGUCUGAGCGGCUCGAGCGCCGGCCGCUCUCCCAACAGUCCGUCGGCUCGCUGACCUCUGACCUCUGGGACCACAGCAGCGCCGACACCCCCGGUCCCGUCCUCCCCGGAGCGUACCACCACCACCACCACCUCCUCCACCAGCAGCAGCAGCAGCAGCAGCACCAGGGCGUCCUGCAGCAGCAGCACGGCUACAUGCACCAGACCAGCAUGUCGUCCGUGAGAUCCGUCGCCUCCCCGCCGCACGCCGCCUUGCGCGUCUAUCGGGCGCUGUACGACUACGCGGCCCAGGACCACGACGAGGUCUCCUUCAGGGACGGCGACGUCAUCGUCAACGCUCAGCCCAUCGACGAGGGCUGGAUGUACGGCACCGUGCAGCGGACCGGCAAGUCCGGCAUGCUGCCGGCCAACUACGUGGAGUUCUGCAACUAAAGGAGGAGGAGGAGGAGGAGCAGGAGGAGCAGUAGGAGGAGGAGGCUCCGCCCCCCUUGACAUCGGCACUCAGGAUGUUCUCUGCAUCUCAGGGACGCCACAUCCAGAUGUGUUCAGAUGUUUUGGGAUGUUUUUGAGAGCAGAGGAAAUGACAAAACAACAACAACAACAUGCAGCAAUAAAACAGUAAAAUCAGUCAGCUGUUUCUCCGUCCACAGGAGCAGGAAAUAGACCAGAAUGCAUUGCAGCUGCAGGGACAGGGGUUAAUAAGGGGGUGGCUACAGUCAAACAGUUACACAUAUGUGUGUGAGGUACUUCUCCACAGUGCAGUACUACAGUAGAAGUACUGCCGUGGACGUGUUUUAGAGCCCGAAAAGAACCGAUAUCAGUUUAAGUGAACGUUAUAUAUUUAGAAUAUUGUCGUCUAAUUUGAUGAUAACGAGCACAAACAACUCAAAUUCCUCAACUAAUCUUGAUUCUCUUUGCUUUUUAUUUAAAAGUAGUAGUACAAGUAAAUAACUUUGUUAUUAUUUGUUGAAUUGUCAGAAAACGUGCUGUAUUUUGACGUUUGUUUACAUGUAAGAUGCUCUGAGAGGUAAAAUCACUGUUUUUGUGAAUGGAGUCUGAUGGAACGUCAAAGAGGUGAAGAUAUUCUAAAUAUCGGGUCUAAAGUACGUCCACAGCAGUACUUCUACUGUAGUAAUACUCUAUGGAGAAGUACCUCAUGUAACAGCUAGAACGGUCAGUACUGUCCCUUUAAGAAGGAAGGAACAGUAGGAAAGAGGGUCCAAUAGAGGAAAGUUUGAAUCUAGCAUGCUGUCGACUAAUUAUGUCAAAUAUUACAAGUGGAGGAGGGAAAGGGAGGAUGAAGAAGGUUUGAGGAUCAGGAGCGUGACCAACAAACAAAAGGUUUCAGUCUGAUUCUCGAGCUUAAAGGUUUCUUAUUGUCAAUAAAUCCAAUGGUCCUGCAUCACACACACACACACACACACACACACACACACACACACACACUCUCACACACACACACACACACACACACACACACACUGCGGUUCAUCCGCUGCUGAAAACUAAUUUCCUCCCGUUUGUUUUGAUGGAUGAUAAAAGUUCCGGUAGGAACCAAUAGAGCUUUGAGCCGAGAGCCACAGACAGGAAGUCAGACCGCAUUAAGAGACGGACCGUUGGAUUUAUUUGGUUUUUAAUUGAAUUUUUCAACAAAAAAAUUGGACAAUAAGAAUAUUAUUAUAACGCACCAGACUCAUCUUUUAAGGAUGGAGGAGAAUUUAAAAAAGGAGCCGAGGAAAGGAAACACAGUUGUGUUUAGAGAAGGGGGAGUUUUAUUUGGGGGGGACAAAGUUGAGAGAUCCUCAAGUUGAAUCAUUUAUUUAUCCUGAGUUCUAAUUCAUGUUCAGUUUGUUCACUUUGAUCAUAAAGACUAACCUCGGUGUUUGUAAAGGACUCAACUAACUCUCUGUGUCUUUCACCAUAAACAACAACGUCAUUUAACACAACAAGUUUUUAUGUGGACGAGAUUUCUGUUCGUCGCGACUAUUUUCAUACACGUCCUGUUUGUUCUGGGAAGAUAUAUAUAAUAAUAAUAAUAUAUAUAAUAUUUGAGUCGUGUUUUUAGGGUUUGUUGUCUUGCCGUGUGGAUUGCAUCCCGGUCAUGUGCCGAAUAAAAGCAUUUUAAAAAGCAUAAAAUCUCAUUUCAUAAAUUCGAGUAUAAUUUACUGAGUAUUCACAUGUUAAUUGUGUUGAUUCUUUUUUUGGGGGAAAAGAGGCGUUUUGAGGACUUUUGGCUUCUUUGUAAACUUUUUUGGGAUUUAGUCUGUAAUUUCAUCGCAGAUAUUAAGUUUAUUAUUUACAUAUUAUUUUAAAUUAUGUAUCACUCAU